UACCACUAAGCAGUUUGGUCGUGGUACUGGUCGCAUAUUUCUGGCUGAUGUCGAUUGUAUCCAGCUAGACUGUGGUUUCUCGCACUGGAAUACAGCUACAAACUGUACUCACGAAGACGACAUUGAGCUGUCCUGUGGUCCACAUCCGAUUCAACUUAUUGGAGGAAAAGGACCGUGGGAAGGAAUAGUGAACAUCCUCAUUAACCAGAAGUGGACAUCUGUGUGUGAUACAGGCUUCAGUCAAGAUGACGCUAGAAGAACAUGCAGUGCUCUUGGAUAUGAAAGUGGUGGGAUUCCAACCUCAGGAUCCAGUUAUCAACAAAUAUUUGAACAAGAAUGGAUCACCAACACAGACUGUAUCAAGGCUAAUGGAAAUGUGUCUUCGUGUUCGGUACUCAGCAAUCCAAGCCACAAAUGUCAAACAACGGAAACAGUGGGCGUGAGAUGUUUGAUAGAUCCUUUGCCAGUACGUCUGGUUGGCGGUGCUCAUCCAAUGGAGGGACGGGUAGAAUUCCUUCACAACAACACGUGGUACUCUGUGUGUGAUCGUACGUGGACUGACCGGGAUGCUACAGCUGUUUGUAACCUCCUGUCCACAUACCCUGUCAGCCGGCAAGUGACAGGGAAGGCGCAAGGACACAGUCUAUAUGGGCACGGGACGGGUCCAUUGGUCACUGCGCACUUUCCCUGUAACGCGGAAGGAUAUGAUACCAGCGAAUGUUUCAGCCAAUGGCAGUUCGACGCUGUCUGCGACCACAGGAGUAAUGCAGGUGUCUCGUGUGAAACAAAUGUAGAGCUGACAAUUGAAAGUCAUAAACCCGCUUCUGGUAUCGCGCCAGAGGGAACCAUCCAGGUGGAAUUUGAAAACAGUACUUACACCAUAUGUGACAAUGGCUUUGACACUUCUGACGCGAAAGCUGUGUGCACGAGUCUCGGAUACUGGAGCACAUCACCCACCACAUUUUAUGAUGCUUGGUUCGGUGAAGGGACGGGAACAGCCCUUAGAUUAAAUCCUGUCUGCUCCGGACAUGAGUCAGAUUUAGCUUUCUGUGAAGCGAAGAACCUAUGGACAACUCAGACUUGCAGUCAUAUUUACGACGUUGGAGUAAACUGUGCUCCGGCCCCACUAGGACGGAACCGGAUACGUCUGAUUGGAGGUACAAAUCCCGGGGUCGGGCGAUUGGAAGUGUUCUAUAAUGGACACUGGGGUGCAAUCUGUUGGGAACAUUGGGAUAACAGUAACGAAGCAGUUGUAUGCAGAACUCUACGAUACAGUACGAAUACUCCGAAGUCAUUUCAAAUACAACGAAAUCAAACUUCUAUGACAAUUGGGAGACUCCGUUGUCAUGGUUACGAGACCGACAUUGGGAUGUGUGAGGCGGAUUUGGAUAAAACAGGGUGUGGUGAAAGCGCCGUGGGCGUUGACUGUUCAGAUGGAGUUGGUGUUCGUCUUGUAGAAGGAAAUUCAGAGGUCAGUGGUAGAGUGGAAAUAUCAAGUGGGGGGUCCGCCGGAGCACUCUCCGUACAGGGAUCGAUAUUCGGACAUAAUGAAGCCGUGGUACUCUGUAGAUCAAUGGGAUAUAGAGAUACAACUCCACAGAUCCUCCCAGAUACUCGGGGUCGUCCUGAUGGUUACAUGGUUGUGAUGGGGGAGCUCAAAUGUGGAGGUUGGGAAGACCACGUCAAGCAGUGCUCGUUCACAGAGGCCAGGGGCAUGUCCACUGAUGUCGCAUUUGUCCGUUGUUUCAAUUGCUCAAGUGAAUCACUGGAACCUUCCGGGGAAAUAUCCAGUCCAAAUUACCCUGGCGAUUAUACUGACAAUACAGACUGCCUGUAUAUCAUUAAGCCAAGAGAUGACACCCAUUUAUACAAGUUAGAGAUAAAGGAUCUAGUAAUGGCUGACCCGGGAGAUUCAGUUGAGAUCAGAGAGAGUCCAAAUGGGCGAGUUCUUGGGAAAUUCUCAUCUUCGGGUCACCUGCCUAUUUUGGCGGGAGCCGCAUUCUGGGUACGAUUUAGGACGAACUCAAAUGGUCAAUCUACGGGGUUCCGUAUGGCCUGGAGUGAACUGAGCAUUGCCGACUGUCUGAAGACUUCCUGUGGGGACGAUUGGAGCGUACAUUUGAACCUCACACUGGCCUUAUUGCUUAACCCGAACAUGACAGUAUCCAAACCAAUUCUGGCUAACGACCUACCAAUGUGCAAUGGACAUGUCGUCAGUGAUGAAAUGAUAUUCUCCAGGGCAUUUUCGGGAUGCAAUUCAAUUCAUUUCUGCUGAAGAUAGCAUGCAGAAUACUAUUUAUAGUUUUUAUUUUAAAUGUUCGCUGUUUUUUGGUAUUUUCUAUGUAAGAUUAGAACUGCCAAAAUAUCCUAUCCAUUACAGCCUCUACAAAAAUACUUUUUUAAUUUUAACUUUCAAACAAAUAUUUUUCAUAUUCAAGGAUAUAUUCAGGUGAGGCAUUAAAUUAAAUUUUGUGUUUCAUUAUUUUUUGACAAAGAUAAAUUUGAAAUUACAAAUUAAUCUGAUGUUGCCUAAAUAUACUUUUUUAUAUUUCAUUUCAAGUUUCUUAAUUUUCAAAUGUGCCAAGGUUCCGACAUAAUCCGAACACUGAUUUGUCUGAAAAGCAUUCCUAUCGCGGCACUGUCGGCUCAGUUCUGAGAGAAGUUCAAUUUAUAGAAAUAAUUAUUGUCAUAUACAAUUGUGUCCGUAAAAACAAAUUAAACAUGCAAUUUAUUGCUAAAAAGUGCAGAGUUGUUACUGAAUAAAAAUGCAAAAAUGAACUGGAAUGUAUGUAUAGGUUAUAAGCCUAUACAAGUCCAAUAUGUUGGUAGAAAGAACACUUGGAGGCCGUUAGGCCGACAAGUGUUCUUUCUACCAACAUAUUGGACUUGUAGAGGCAUUGUUGAAAAAGUAAAGUGCUAAAACACUGAAAACAAGACAAAAUGGGCGGUACGCAUUUUCGAAACAUGGACGAAAAAAACGAGUUCAAUGCCAAAGUAACUCCAAUAUUGGCUCAGACUUGCUUGAAAUGACCAAAACUGAACUAAAUUUGGCACUUUCCUUUUUUGUGGCGGAAGUCAGAAAUCAGGCUGGAAAAGAAUAUUGCCCCAAUACUCUAUAUGAACUGAUUAUUGCCAUCCAACACUACUUGAGACAAAAUGGAAAGUUUGUGAACAUUUUAGAUGAUAAUGAGUUUGGAAAAUUGCGUCAGGUUUUAGAUGCUAGAAUGAAGUGUUUAUCUAGACAAGGCCUUGGAAAUGAAAGAAAACAGGCAGAAGUUAUAACUGCAGACCAGGAAAAUGAACUUUAGCAAAAGAAUAUCCUAGGAACUGACACUCCGCAGAAACUGUUGGAUACCCUUGUGUAUGUUCUAGGACUGAAUUUUGCAUUGCGUGCUGGCAAAGAGCACCGAAAUUUGAGAUUUGGCACAAACCAACUUUCACUUAAAACUGAUUCAUCAGGAAAGCGCUAUUUAGAAUACCAGUAGGACAUUUCCAAAACAAAUUCUGGUGGAUUGCUUCAUAGGAAAGAUCUCAUUCACCUUAAAAUUCUAAGGAUGGCAAUUUCUUCUUGUGCACGUGUUUAGAAAUUCUAUGUAUCGAUGUUCAGUGUAUUUUUCGGUGGAUUUACCUCACUAUUUGUUGAUUAAUUUGUACACUAAAUAAAUAUUAAUUUUGAUUGAA